UUUAAUUGAUAGUUUAUUUCAAAAAAUACAAUAAAUGAUUAAAUCGUCUUCUAGAGAGAGAAAUUACCCUUUUCAAGCAAAAAAAACGAAUCUAUCUUUCUCGCUCUAAAAUACUUUCUCUCUCUGUAUUUUGCUAACCCUUCUUUCUCCUCGACAGCGAAAUCGAACGAUAACAUACACGAUACCUAAAACGCACUAAAAAAAUUAUAUCGGAAACCCUAACCCUAAAUCGCGAAAACUUAUUUCUCUUCUUCGUUCUUCCUUCAUAUUUCUCUUCUCUUAAUCGGUUUUGUGUUUCUAUUAAUUCGUUCGUUGUGUUCUGUGGAGCAAAAGAUUUAAUUUUUGGAAGAGUUGCGAAAUUUAGGUUUAGGUUUAAGGUGAGUUUGCCAAAUGGAAUUUUCGAGCGGUGGAAUUUGAUGACCGAAAGUAGCCGAUGUCUCGUACACAAGACGAUGAUGGGUAUGGGUGCCGAAGGAGGGUGUGGUAUGGAGGAGAAGCCUUGUCCGGUGAACAAGAUAUUUCCGUUGCCGGAUAAUACUCCGGUGGCUAAGCCGGUGACUUCGCCGGAGAAUUCGGAACUCGUUGAACUAGGUUUGGAUUUGUAUUCUCAGGCUUUUAAAUCAUUGUCCCAGCGUUCACCAUUCGAUCUUGAUGCAAAAACAGAGGCGACACUCCCUUGUGGAUUGGCGAGUUUGUUGUCGAAGCCGACUGAUAGUAGGAGGAAGCAUAAGAGGCCGCAUUGUGAAACAAAGGCGACUAGGAAAGGGUCGAGUGAGAAGUCAAAAAGUCGUAGUGUUUGGAAUAAUUUAGAGGAUUACUUUAGGGAGCUUACAGUGCAGGAUAUUGAGUGGUUGUAUCAAUUCUCUUCGCUUGGCUCGCUAUUGAAUGGUGAUAAUUCAUGCUUUGAAAUCCCAGUUUUAGGAAAUGGUAUUAAGAUUAGCUGUAGCAAUAAUAAUAGUAACAAUCCUGAUAACUUUUGUAAGGUGGAAAAUGAUGAUGUUCCCGCUGGUGUAAGUAAAGAAGAGAAUGUCGAAGUGCGUAUGUCAGAUGCUAUAGCAUUCUGUGAUAAGGUGGAGGAGUUUGAGAAAGCAAAUGAUAAGUUGGAGGAUGUGAAGAUAGAGAAUGUCAGUUUGGAUAGUCCGAGUGUACUCAAUGAGGGUCCGUUGUCUGAGUAUUCUUUGCCGUCAUCUAGCAGUAUAGAAUGGGUUUUAGGCUCGAGGAACAGGGUUUUGUUGACAACAACACGUCCUACAAAGAAAAGGAAGCUUUUGGGUGAGACUGCAGGGUUGGAAAGACUUGUUGUUGCGCAGCCUUGUGAUGGGAGUUCUAGCUCUUGCCAUGUUUGUAGUAUGAGUGACACAGCGGAUCAACUGAACCAGUUAGUUGUUUGCAAGUCAUGUAACGUGGUCGUUCAUCAGAAGUGUUAUGGUGUACAAGGAGAGAAAGAUGGAUCUUGGUUGUGCUCUUGGUGCAAGUACAAGAUUGAUGAAUCAGGAGCUGCGUUGGGCAGUGAUAGACCAUGUGUUCUUUGCCCAUGUAGGGGAGGCGCUUUGAAACGCUUUCAGAAUUCAGAGAGUGGAAAUGACUUGUCUGUUAAAUUUGCUCACUUGUUCUGUAGCAUGUGGAUACCAGAAGUUUACAUAGAGGAUACCAGGAUGAUGGAGCCGGUUUUAUGCCAUGGAAUUAAGGAUAUUCGGGAAAAGUUAGUUUGUAAUUUAUGCAAAGUGAAGGUCGGUUCUUGUGUCCGAUGCAGUGAUGGAUCAUGCAGAACUUCUUUCCAUCCUAUGUGUGCGAGGGAAGCAAGAAACAAACUCGAGAUAUGGGGAAAGUUUGGUUGUGAUGAUAUUGAACUGCGGGCUUUUUGUGCAAAGCAUUCGGGAAAUUAUAAUCUUGCUGAGAGUGCAUUGUUGGAGAAUAAUGAACAGAGUCAUGCUUUGAGCAGUGAUUCACGUGGUACCUUAAUUAAACCAGAAGUAUCAUCGGGUAAUAAAAUAAAGAAGCUCAAAAUAGGCUGGAAAAAUGGUGAUAAAGUUACUUUACACAUGGAAUCUUCAGAUGGUAAUACUGAAAAUUUGAGAGAAAUAGAUAAGGGGCUAAAUAAUGCAGACUCCAACACAAAGUUUAAAGCUGGAUCUGCUGAUGGACAGGAGUUUAUUGCUAUGGGCUCAGAAGGCACUGUUGAGGAUGUCAAGACAUCAUGUCGUCUCGAUCUUGGACUGGUCUUGAAGAAGCUAAUGGAUCGUGGAAAAGUUACUUUGGAGCAGAUCUCUACUGGAAUAGGCAUGUCAGAGAGUUCUUUGGCAUCAAAGCUCACUCAAGGCAAUCACAUGAGCCCUGAGUUAUCAUGCAAGAUAUUAGAGUGGCUUAAAGAUCAUUCUCAUAUGGAUACUUUUGAAAGGGAUUGGAGGGCUAAACUCAGUUGUUUUAUGCCUUCAAAGGCUGAGGCAAAAACCGAUAAUGUCUUUGAUGCAGGUGAUGUGAGGGGCUUAGAUAUUUCAGAUUUACCUGUUAAAUCAGUUCCUCCAAGGAGACGGACUGUUGGAAAUAUCAACAUGUUGAAGGAUGCGAAGGAUGUGUUCCCGUGGGGCGAUAAAAAGCUUGGGAACAGAGUUUCAACUAAUGAAGGAUCAGAAUAUAAAGAUUUGAAUGCAGAUUGUGACAAUUUGAGUAAACAUUUGGUAGAUGGGAGAGAAGAGAUUAUUGUCAAGACCAAUGGUUUUGAACAUACGUUCACAGAACUUUCACCCACAACUGACAGUAUCUUGCUCAAUCAAAAUAGCCUAUGUCGUGUUGAAAAUAAUGGAAUAGAAGAAGGCACUUCUUCUGGAAAGAGUUCAUUGCUGGAUUUGGAUCAGGAGGCUCCUUCCUGUUCUUCUGCAGAUAUGGCUGGUUAUUCGGAUGGAAAUAUCAAUUAUAAAAUAGAUUCGUCGGUGCAUCCUUACAUUCAGAAGAAAUUGGAUGAAGUGCGAAGUUUUCUUAUCCGGAAAGCUCCUGAUUGUAAUGGCUAUGUGGGAUUGGACUCGACCGUGGAGCCGACCCUGAGUACAGAGCAGAAGCUUCCUGUUUGUAAUGACUGGGGUAAUGCCAGUGAAGCAGUGAAAUUCGAGGACUUGCAUAAGACUGGUGAUUUGGGUAUUUUUGAUCCUUCUCCAGAAAAUGAAAUGGAAGGAGAGAUGAUUUUUUUCCAGCAACGAUUGUUGUGCAGUGCUAUUGCUCUGAAGCAUCAAAGUGAUCAGCUAAUCAGCAAGAUUGUCAAGGAUAUGCCACAUGAAAUUGAUUCAGUGCGCAGGCGAAGAUGGGAUGCCGUACUUGUCAACCAGUACAUAUAUGAGCUUAAGGAAGCAAGGAAGCAAGGUAGGAAGGAGAAAAGGCACAAGGAAGCCCAAGCUGUGCUAGCUGCUGCUACUGCUGCUGCUGCUGCUUCAUCUCGAGUGUCUUCAUUGAGGAAGGAUGCAGUUGAUGAAUCUUCACAGCAAGAGGUCAAGGUGGAUAAUACCAAGGUUCGUGGUAGCCUAUCUUCGCUUGCUGUUCCGCGAGUGAAGGCAUCCUUUCCAAACAUGGAUAUUCCCAAGGCUACAUCAGAUGUUUAUUCUGAUGUGUUUCACUUUACUUCUGGAGCAUCAAAAGAACACCCUAAGUUAUGUGACAUUUGCAGACGUUCUGAGAGUUUACUAAAUCCUAUAUUAGUCUGUUCCAGUUGUAAGGUUGCUGUUCAUCUAAAUUGUUAUCGCAGUGUUAAGGAAUCUACAGGUCCCUGGUACUGUGAGCUCUGUGAAGAAUUGCCAUCUUUGACGGUUCCCAGAGAUUCAUUAGACAAUUCAUCAGGGACACCUAAUUCUAGUGUAGAAUGUGGAUUAUGUGGGCUUCCAAAUGGUGCUUUUAGAAAAUCAAUUAAUGGUCAAUGGGUCCAUGCUUUCUGUGCUGAGUGGGUGUUUGAUUUGACCUUUCGAAGAGGGCAAGUGUCUCCUAUUGCUGGAAUGGAUAUAAUGCAGAAAGGAAAUGACAUGUGCUCUGUCUGCCUUAGGAAAUAUGGUGUCUGCAUAAAGUGCAAUUAUGGAAAUUGUCAGUCUACAUUCCAUCCGUCCUGUGCUAGAAAUGAUGGCUACUAUCUGUAUGCCAAGUACAUGGGUGGAGGCAAGAUGCAACAUAAAGCUUAUUGCAGUAAGCACAGUUUGGAGCAAAGAUCAAAAGCUGAUACUCAGAAACAUGGAGCCGAGGACUUAAAAAUUGUUAAACAACAUCGGGUUGAGUUAGAGAAGUUACGUCUCCUUUGUGAGCGGAUAGUCAAGCGGGAGAAGUUGAAGCGAGAAUUGGUUCUUUGCAACCAUGAUAUUUUUGCUUCAAGACGGGACUCGUUGAUUUUCUCUAUGCUUGUCCACCGUCCCUUUUCAUCACAUGAAAGUUCAGACUCGGCCACCACAUCUCUCAGGGGACAUGUGGAUGGUUCUAUGUCAUGUAGCGAUGUGAUGCAAAGAUCUGAGGACAUCACUGUCGACAGUGCAUUGUCAUCAAAGCGCAUUAGGCUUCCAUUGUCAGUUGAAAAUGAUCAAAAGACAGAAGUUAGUUCAUCUCACCAUGUCCCUACUCCAAAGUCUACGGAACGGAUUUCAUUUGCUGGAAAGCAAAUUCCUAUAAGAGCAGCGUUGGCUAGUCGGAAUUUUCCACACAGCAUGGAUAAUAGUUCAAAAUCCAAAAAGCCCAUUGAAACAUUCAAGAAAGAGCUGAUAAUGACUUCUGACCAAGCAUCUGUUAAAAAUCGGCGGCUACCUAAGGGAUAUUUUUAUGUUCCUAUUGAUUAUCUCUCCAAUGGGAAUCCUGCUGGGCACGAUUCUGUUGAUAGAGAAGAGGGGGAUGAAUAGUCUGAUGAAAUUAAGGUCAAUGAUUUGUGGCUCACAUUGUUCCGGAGGGUCAUGUGGUUGCAGUUGUGGUUAUCACAUUGAUGCCUGGAUGGAGGCUUGGGCUCUUCGUUGUGACAUGGGAUUCUCUUUGAAAUUGAGAAAUUUUGGAAACAUUUGUUGUAUAUUUGUUCCCAGAGCAAUUGUAGAGUGGGUGAAGGUUUGAUCUUUGAUCUGUUUUAAGGGGUCUGAAGUCUUUCUCCUGCAACUUUUACCUUUCCCUUGUAACUGUAAGCUAGUUAGAUGAAAUCACCUACUGCUAGUGCUUUGUAAAGUUAGUGUAUAUAAUAGUGUUGUUCCGAUGUAAUGUCUCAGACAUCCCAAUUAAUACAGGAAUUACAUUUUAUUCUGACCAA